AUGGCUGAUAAUUGUAUGAGCCUUGGAAGUCUUCUUCAUGAAUUGGGACAUACCAUUGGAUUUUUUCAUGAGCACACACGUCCAGACCGUGAUGAUUACGUAGAAGUCAUCAGAGAUAAUAUUAUGACUGGUGAAGAACAUAACUUUGAUAAAGCAUCAAAAGACGAAUCCACUACAUUGGGGCAGGCUUAUGAUUACAGUUCUAUAAUGCACUAUUCAAGCAACGGUUCUUCAAAAAGACGUCAUUUAAACGUACUACAACCCUUAAUGAAAAUUAAUGGCAAGUUGCCGAUUCUUGGUCAAAGAAAUGGUCUCAGCCGAGGCGAUAUUAUGGCAGCAAAUCUUCUGUACCACUGUCAGCAAUGCGGUGGAACUUUAUUUGAGCCUGAAGGUAUUUUCAGCUCUCUGAUACAAGGAGGUACAUCGGACAUAAAGCUUGGUGUUGAACAUUGCCAAUGGACAAUCAGAGCACCUGAAGGACAUCGAAUAAAACUUUUAAUCAAAUCAUUGAAUAAUCGUGAAAGCUUCGAUUGUUCAACGAACUAUCUGGAAGUUCUAAAUGGCUACGGGAAAAACAAAGUUGUCAUCGCUCAUUAUUGUGGAAAAUACGAAACAACCCUGACAGUUAAUAGUAAUAUUGUGCAAAUAUUAUCAGCAAGAACUCAAGUUGAAUAUGAUGAGCCGACUUUUAUAAUCGAGUACGAGGCCGUGUGCAGUAAUGAUAUCUACAUUGAAUAUAAUGAUACAUUUUACUUCGAAUCACCAAAUUAUCCGGAACAGUAUGGACCCAACAAACUGUGUUAUUGGUACAUUACUGCACCAGAGGAUCAUUUUAUAUCAAUAACGUUCUAUCAUUUUGAGUUACAAGAUAGUCCAGGUUGCAUAAGUGAUGUUUUGGAAGUACGAGAAGGUGAUAAUUUUCAGGCUCCAAAUAGUAGAAUUUAUUGCGGAAAAAUCGACAAUUUAGAAAUAUCGUCAAUGGGACGACUUAUGCUGCUCAAAUUUGUCACCGAUGAAUCGAAUAACGGAAAUGGAUUCUCUGCUGUCAUUACUGGGCGACCGAAGAAUGACCACAAUUGA